AUGCAGGCUCACCAGGUUGGCUACUCCCUCUCAUCUGUUAAACUGUCACUGAGAUCCCUGAAGAGGCUUGUGGACAAUCUGGACCAAAGUGCUUCCCUCAAGAGGAAAGCUACAAGAAAAUGGCUCCAGCUGAUUGCCUAUGUUGAAAAGUUCUGGAGUGACAUUACAACAGUCAUUUUGCCUGACCUUGCCAGGGCUGGCUCAGAAGUUGUCUCUGCAAAGACUGUCAGUGUGCUGAAUGAGGAUCCCUUGGACUGGCCAUCUGUCUAUACCAACAUUGAUGUCAUUGUCAACCAGGAAACUCCUCUCCAUGAAGAUGCUGGCUCUGCCCUGACCCUUUUGGAUUUGUUGGUCAGCUUGGGCUCCCAUGAUGCUAAUUCCUUGGUGCCAGACUUGGGGGAAAAGUUUUUGUAUUUGCCAGGCACCAUGAUUUUCUUGGCUGGCAAAAUUCUCUCACAUUCGGUUCCAAAGUGGGGAAGGGGUGAAAGGAUUGCCAUUGUACACUACAUGAAGGACAGGGUGCAUGACAGACUCCAGGUCACCAGGCCUACCUGGACUGUCCAGAGGGACAUUAUGUCUUCUGUUCUUAGCUAUAACUAA